UUGUGAUUCAGAGUGGCGGUGGCUCCGAUAGCAGCUCCGUGUACCCGCGCGCUUCUCUCUCUCUCUCGUCGGCCGCGGCCCGCCGCAGUGUGCUGAUCCAUCCUCUUUACUAUCGACCUCACUCUCUCCCCCGGUACUCCCACCUCCCGACUCGGCCCCGCGCUUCUCGAUCGUUUCAUCGAACUCUCCGUACUAGCGCGGGCUAGCGAGUCGCGCGCGCGUGCGUGCACGCGAGCUACGUCGAGCUGGAAAUCGAACGAGGUGCGUGCCACACACGUAUACGUGCACAGGUCGCGAGGAGUCACGCGCGAAGCAACAGCGAGAGAGAGAGAGAGAGAGAGAGAGAGCCUAGCCGCGACGACGGCGAGCACCGAGCAGCGAGGAAAACACCACGAGAUCGAUAGUGUCGUGGCAACGACGUUUUAAACCACCCUGCCAGCCGCUGCCUCGCCAGAGCACCGCCGGCCAAGGGAGAGAGAGAGAGAGAGAGAGAGAGAGAGAGAGAGAGAGAGAGAGAGAGAGAGAGAGAGAGAGAGAGAGAGAGAGAGAGAGAGAGGGACAACUGCUGUGUGCAUCGGGAGAUCGCCAUCCCCUCGGCGAACUGGUCCCGCCAAGGACGCGAGCGACGCACGACGGGGGUAGCUCGACGGGGCAAGGCGAGGAGGACAACCCCGAGGAGACGGGGACCGAUCUUCAAGAAACGAUAGUCUCGCGCGCGCGGUCACUCGGUCAGCCCGGCAUGGAUCACCUGGUGUGACGUCGCCUGGUCGAGCCGUGAGCCUUCAGACCCACUGUGUCUUCCACGGGGAGGAGGGUGAAGCACGUGCGCGCAGCGAGUGCUCGUCGGGACGUGCGUGGGACGGCCAUCGCGGGGGAGCCGAGUCGAGCAGCGCGACGAGAGAGACGAGAGCGCGAGGAGGCGAGCCAAGCGGAAGCAUGACCAGGUGGAGCGGACCCGUCGGCGCCAGCCUGAUGGCGACGGCGCUCUUGGCCCUGUGCGCGAACACGGAAGCGGCGCCGACUUCCUUCAGCAUCAGCGACAACGCCGCCGCGAACUACCUGUCGCAGUACGGCUACCUGCAGCCGAGCAACCCGGAGAACGGGGCCUUCCUCAGCUCGGACAAGCUGACCGCGGCGAUUGAGGAGUUCCAGGCGUUCGCCGGGCUCAACAUAACAGGCGAGCUGAACGAGGAGACCGCCCGGCUGAUGGCCACGCCGAGGUGCGGAGUCAAAGACAAAGUCGGCCCGGCGGCCGAUGGCAGAUCGAAGAGAUACGCUCUUCAAGGCUCGAGGUGGCGCACGAAGAACCUGACCUACCAAAUCACCAAGUAUCCGUCCGGCCUCAAUAACGACGCGGUGGACAAGGAGAUCAGGACCGCGUUCAAUGUCUGGUCGGAAUAUACCGAUCUCACGUUCACCCAGAAGAAGGGACUCCACAAUAACGUACACAUCGAGAUCAGAUUCGAGGUGGGCGAGCACGGCGACGGUGAUCCUUUCGACGGACCAGGUGGCACUUUGGCGCACGCCUACUUCCCCGUGUACGGCGGCGACGCUCACUUUGAUGACUCCGAACGAUGGACCAUCAGAAGCUACCGCGGCACCAACCUCUUCCAGGUUGCCGCUCACGAAUUCGGACAUUCGCUCGGCUUGAGCCACAGCGACAUCAAGAGCGCCCUGAUGGCACCCUUCUACCGCGGCUACGACCCUCACUUCACUCUGGAUCGCGACGAUGUCGACGCUAUCCAGGCCUUGUACGGCAAGAAGACCAACCACGGAGGGCAUGGGCGGCCGUCGCCGCCCGCCGAGGAAGAUCCUGAAUUGUGCAAAGACCCGAAGAUCGACGCGAUGUUCAACUCCAAGGAUGGCGAGACAUUCGUGUUCAAAGGUAAAUACUACUGGAAGCUCACGGACAACGGUGUCGCCAGUGGCUACCCUAGAUUCAUCAGCAGCACGUGGAAGGAGCUCCCGUCGAACAUAGACGCCGCGUUCACGUACAGAAACGGCAAAACUUACUUCUUCAAGGGCACGCAGUACUGGAGGUACAUCAACACGACCAUGGACGGCGACUACCCGAAGGAGAUCAGCGACGGCUUCACCGGCAUCCCCGAUCACAUCGACGCCGCCACCGUGUGGACCGGCAACGGCAAGAUCUACUUUUACAAGGGCACGAAAUUCUGGCGCUUCGACCCGGCGUCGAAGCCACCGGUGAGGAGCAACUACCCCAAGCUGAUCAAGAACUGGCAGGGCGUACCGGACCACAUCAACGCGGCGAUCACCUACAAGGGCUACACCUACUUCUUCCAGGACAAUGCCUAUUAUCGAUUCAACGACAGGACGUUCUCCGUGGACAGUGCUGAGCCCGCCUUCCCACGGUCGACGGCGUACUGGUGGUUCGGCUGCAAGUCCGCCAACAGGGGGACGCUAGGUAAUGAGCUUUGGCCGUUGAAUUUUGCCGGCAAUCUGGACAUGGCCGACGGUGACACUUACGGCGAUUACGGUAGUCACGACAGCGUCGGCGACAUCAUUCUAGACGCAGGAGACACCGACGAGCUCGUCACGUCGUCGAACCACAAUCAUGCGGGUUCCGGGACGACGGGAACUUUCGGCAGCCCGUCGGCGACGGCAUGGCAACUCGCGCUCAGCGUCGCGACAACGAUCAUCGUCGCAAGGUCCGUCGUCUCCACGUAAAGGACAGCGUCCGGAGCUCAUCUCGACCGGCGGGACUGCGACUUGUCGAUUGCGACCUCUCGAUCUCGAAGCGAUCGAGCGGCAACGUUCGAAUCGACGUGUGCGCGUGCGCGCAUGCGCACGCAGGUUGACGCGACGAAGGCGCCGAUGGAGGACUGAUUCCGCGGGGAUACUCCGUUCGAUCGUGGACGCGUCGCUGCGACGAGAAAAAGAUGCCAACGACGCGCGACGGUGCACAGCUUUCGAGGAGUUGGCGCGCGUCUGGUAAUUAAGUUUAGAUAGUUAGAGAAUUGCGCGACGAACAGUGCUUCCCCGCUAGGUGCUGCCCUCUCCCUUCGAUUGCGUGCUGCAGAGGCGCGUCAUUUGAAAAUGACCCGCGCACGAGCGGUUGCAGCUGCAUCCUCGACCUCUGUUCUCUUCGGCUGUUUGUGAGAAACAUGCUGCGGCGGCGGUGAGCGAGGAGGAAGAGCGCAGCUGGAGGCAACAGACCGUCGAGUUUGCAGAAUUUGGUUGACGAAAGCGAGUGUAUUGCGUCGUAUUUUCGAGUUUUAAGUUUCACGCAGCAACGUAACACAGGACCCCUCUACACUGCCUAUUUAUUCGCGUGUCCACCAAGUUGCGAAGACUUUGACGUUUUAAAGGCACUCCACUGACUUCUCGAGACUCAAGUGUGCGAUUGUUAUCGUGAGGUGUACUGAGGAUACGCCUCAGGAUUUGUUGGGACGAGACGUCGCGAGAGACACGACGGUUGAAUAAUUGAAAUGUAGUCGGAUCGGAUUCUUGACUGACAAUAUCGUCAAAAAAUAUUUGUUGAUCAAUGAUGACGUCACAUGAGUAUUAUAGAUCCCGCUGCCUGCGUAAAGCAACAACCAAAAUGUCCUGUGCAUAACGCGCGAAACGAUCCUCUACACAUGUCCUGUAUAUUACACACCUGUGUCCUCGACGUUCAGUCGUUUGCGCGCGAUUCAUUCUCGCGCGUGUACACGAAUGUCUAUAGUACUCAUGUCACUAAAAUUAUGUUACGAUUAUACUAGAGUAAUUGUUAUCUUAUGUGCAAGUGCCUUAGAGAGUAUUUUUGUAAUUUAUACGCUAAGGAAAAUUGUACAUUCACACACCUCUGUCCGAGCGCAACUUUCUCCGUGUAUGCCACUUCAAGUCGUCCAACGUCUUCUGGUUUUCCCCUUGCCACGUGACGUUGCGCGUUUUUGAAGAGAAUUCUCUCUCCUGUUUUUUUAUAUAUAUAAACGCUUCCAUCGCGGUUUCCCAGUAAUAGCUUGUCUGUCAGAUAAUUUUAUACGCAACUGUUGUAGCUAGUAAUUAUUGAGAUAAUUGUACGCAAGUUGUCAGAUUGACUUCUGACAACCAAUGGUGCUGUGUGCGAGAAUUUAUAUACCGUUCUUAUGUAUAAAGCGUUAGAUCCUAGAUCUUAGAUGGAAGUGCACUUCGACAGCGCAAUCGCGUUUCUCAGAGUACGCAAAGAACGCGUCCUCUGGUCCACUCUUCUCUCUGGUGGAAGAGAACACUUCCAACGGGGGAUUACGCGCGCGCGCGCGCGCGUUGUGGAUCGUCGUCUUCACUGUAUCCAGUAUUAACAGAUGUUUAAAACAGAUUGUUAAUACUCUCUCACUCGGUAUUUUCUUACAUUUGAAAAUGAGUCUUAGCGGGGUGAUACCGUAAGUUUUUGACCAGUACUUAAUCGUUAAGGAUUAUGUGGCCUCAAGCGCCAUCAGAGUGCAGCAAGAAAGGCCUCGUACGACCUUUGAAUAUCUUGUUAAGCAGAGGAACAAUUUAUUAUCCGCACUAUUUUCCUUUGAAUUGAUUACAAUAUAGCACCACAUUAGCGACAAGAGGUUCCGGUGCAACAAUCGUGCAAUACACAUACUUGUCAAAUCGGAAAAUUGUGCAAAGCCUUUCUCGGUGUCACUACUGAUGUCAGGGUGUUAAUGAUUCAUAUUGAAACUUGCCACGCUACUGCGCCGUGCCCUGAAUAAAAUCUCUAUUGUAUUAUAUUUUUCAUUGUCAUACAAAUAGUAUUAAUAAAUAUAUGUACGUUUAUUUUAAUUACACGAUAUCUUCAGUUAGAUAUCAUAUUAGCGAGACUUGCGAAAUUUUAACUACACGACGAUGCUAACUUGAUAUCAUUCGGAGACAUAUCGAAAUUACUGCAAAUAUAUAUAUUUAGAUAUA